CCUAGCCUCCCUCUUUUACCCAAACCUUAUUUCCACUUUUAGGGUUUUCAUAUUUCCCCUCUUUUUUAAUAGAGGAGCUCUUAAUCAACCGACCCAAUCAAAUUCAUAAAUUUUAGAGUUUUGAAUGGGUACGGAGAGAAAAAGGAAGGUGAGCUUGUUUGAUGUUGUGGACGAGCCGUCGGCUAAGAUCGCGAAAUCGAACGGUUUAGGUUUAACGGGGAUGAACGCCAACAGCUCGAUCAACAAGUGGAAUGGACGGCCUUAUUCUCAAAGGUAUUACGAUAUUUUGGAGAAGAGGAAAACCCUCCCCGUUUGGCAACAAAAAGAAGAGUUUUUGCAAGUAUUGAGGGCGAAUCAAACCCUUGUCUUGGUCGGUGAAACCGGUAGCGGUAAAACUACUCAGAUUCCUCAGUUUGUACUGGACGCCGUUGAUAUAGAAACUCCGGAUAAACGUAGGAAAAUGAUGAUUGCUUGUACCCAGCCUCGAAGAGUGGCUGCCAUGUCUGUUUCACGUCGUGUUGCUGAAGAAAUGGAUGUGACUAUUGGAGAGGAGGUGGGUUAUAGUAUUCGUUUCGAGGAUUGCAGUAGUGCAAGGACUGUUUUGAAGUAUUUAACAGAUGGUAUGCUUUUAAGGGAAGCGAUGACAGAUCCUCUUUUAGAAAGAUAUAAAGUGAUUAUUCUCGAUGAAGCUCAUGAAAGAACUUUGGCUACGGAUGUGCUGUUUGGGCUUCUGAAAGAAGUUUUAAGGAAUCGACCUGACCUUAAGCUUGUUGUUAUGAGUGCUACACUAGAGGCUGAAAAGUUUCAGGGUUAUUUUAAUGGUGCACCACUUAUGAAGGUUCCAGGUAGGCUUCACCCUGUGGAGAUAUUCUACACUCAGGAACCUGAAAGGGAUUACUUGGAGGCUGCGAUACGGACUGUUGUGCAGAUACACAUGUGUGAACCUCCUGGUGAUAUACUUGUUUUCCUAACCGGAGAGGAGGAGAUCGAAGAUGCCUGUCGCAAAAUAACGAAAGAAGUAGGAAACAUGGGGGAUCAAGUAGGUCCUGUUAAAGUAGUGCCUCUAUAUUCAACUCUUCCACCAGCAAUGCAACAGAAGAUUUUUGAGCCUGCUCCACCUCCUGUGAAAGAGGGUGGCCCUCCUGGAAGGAAGAUUGUGGUGUCUACAAACAUUGCCGAAACUUCCUUGACUAUUGAUGGCAUUGUUUAUGUUAUUGACCCUGGGUUUUCUAAACAAAAAGUUUAUAACCCACGAGUGCGUGUUGAGUCCUUAUUGGUAUCUCCUAUAUCAAAGGCAAGUGCACAUCAAAGAUCUGGACGUGCUGGAAGAACACAACCUGGGAAAUGCUUCAGGCUCUACACUGAAAAGAGUUUUAAUAAUGAUCUGCAGCCGCAGACCUAUCCUGAAAUAUUACGUUCAAACCUUGCAAAUACAGUUCUCAUCUUGAAGAAACUGGGAAUCGAUGAUCUGGUUCAUUUUGAUUUUAUGGACCCACCUGCUCCGGAGACAUUGAUGCGUGCAUUGGAAGUGUUGAAUUACUUGGGAGCAUUGGAUGAUGAGGGUAACUUAACAAAGCUGGGUGAGAUCAUGAGUGAAUUCCCCUUGGAUCCUCAAAUGUCAAAGAUGCUCGUAGUUAGUUCUGAGUUCAACUGUUCAAAUGAGAUUCUUUCAGUUGCCGCCAUGCUUUCAGUACCCAAUUGCUUUGUACGGCCUAGGGAGGCACAAAAAGCUGCAGAUGAAGCAAAAGCUCGGUUUGGGCAUAUCGAUGGUGAUCAUCUCACACUUUUGAACGUGUACCAUGCUUACAAACAAAACAACGAGGAUCAAUCUUGGUGCUAUGAGAAUUUCAUCAACCAUAGAGCGCUGAAGGCUGCUGAUAAUGUUAGACAACAGCUCGUGCGCAUUAUGUCCAGGUUUAAUCUCAAGCUGUGCAGCACUGAUUUCAACAGCCGUGACUACUAUGUCAACAUUAGAAAGGCCAUGCUUGCUGGGUAUUUCAUGCAGGUAGCUCAUCUGGAGCGCACGGGGCACUACUUGACAGUUAAAGACAACCAGGUGGUGCACUUGCAUCCAUCAAAUUGCCUGGAUCACAAGCCAGAGUGGGUCAUCUACAACGAGUAUGUCCUGACAAGCCGGAAUUUUAUUCGUACUGUGACAGAUAUUCGUGGUGAAUGGUUAGUCGAUAUAGCACCACAUUAUUAUGAUCUCGAAAACUUCCCACAGUGUGAGGCUAAGCGAGUCCUCGAAAAGCUUUACAGAAAAAAGGAGAAGGAUCGGGAGGAGAGUCGAAACAGGAGAUGAAGUGCUACGACCAUACAAGUUGAUUUGACAUGAAUUUUUCUUCAACGGUGCUAUUUGGGAGUUAUUACUUAGUAUGUUAGUUGAUAAAUUGGAAGAAACAGAAAUUUCUUGUAACAUCAUGAGGAACUUCUUCCCCUAGCUAUCUUGUAUUUUGUACUAGCACUCCAAAUUUGUUCUUUUAACCUUCUAUUUUAUCAUUUAAGGAACACUUGAAAUGAUCUCUGAAGAAAGAAGAAACGAGCAUGAUUUUGGAUCUUUUUAAUACUCA